AUGAAAUUAGCUGAUCGUAAGAAAUUUUCUGUUCAUUUGGAUAUGUCUGCUUUAAAAUAGAUUAUCCAAACUGCUCAUCCACUUUCCACUAAACGUAAAAUUGAUACUACACCAACUAGUCCAAAUACCUCAGGAUUAGUAUCUGAUAAAUAUUUCAAGCCAGUUCAACCUUUACAUACAAAUAACAAUCUAAACAAUACUAACACAAUACAAAAUAUAAUACUAAACUUUAAAAAUAAAGCUAACAAAGAAAAAGAGAAUUUUUCAAUUUCAACUAUGACAAAGUUUCCACUUUUGAUUGAUUAGUUUAUUCGAUUAUUUAAUUUGAGUAAAAGUGAAUUACUUGAAGUUUAACAAAUGAAACAAGUUUAUUAUUACAAAUAAUCUAAAAUUUAAUAAGAUGGUUAAAAUGGAGAAUAUUUAUGUUAUGCUAAAGAUCAUAUUAAAUAUUAAUAUGAAAUUAUUAAUCUUAUUGGAUAAGGUAGUUUUGGUUAAGUGUUUUAAGUUUUGGAUCAUAAAACUUAAAAAACAUUUGCACUAAAAAUCAUAAGAAAUCAAGAUAAAUUAAAAAAAUAGGCAUUAGUAGAAGCAAAUUUAUUAAUGAUGAUUAAAGAAAGAGAUCCAUAGAAUAAAUCUAAUAUAGUGAGAAUAGAAGAAUAAUUUAUUUUUAGAGGACAUUAAUGCAUAGUAUUUGAAAAGUUAGAAUUUAAUUUAUUUGAAGUUUUAAAACAAUAAAAAUUUAGAGGGUUAGAUUAUGAAACUUUAAGAAAAUUUUCAUAUUAAAUUUUAGUAUCUUUGAAUUAUUUACACAAACUCAAUAUUAUUCAUUGUGAUUUAAAGCCUGAAAAUGUUAUGGUAUAAGAUAUGAAAUCAAAGAUCAUUAAAUUAGUAGAUUUUGGUUCUGGAUGUAUAGAUGGAAAUUAGGUCUACACAUAUAUAUAAAGCAGGUAUUCUAUCUUUUAUUAACUAUUAGAUAUUAUAGAGCUCCAGAAGUGAUCUUUGGUUUGAAAUAUGGAAUGGAAAUAGAUAUGUGGAGUUUUGCUUGCUUAGUAUCUGAAAUUCAUACUGGAUAACCAAUCUUUCCUGGAGAUAAUGAACUUGAAUAAUUUAAUUUGAUUAUGGAAGUUAUUGGAGCUCCAACUACUGAAUUUGCAUUAAAAUGUCCAAGAAAGAAACAUUUCUUUGAUGAAAAUGGUUAACCAAAAAAAACUAUCAAAACUUAUAGAAAACCUUAAUCCAUUUCAUUAUAAGAAAUUCUUAAAACUACAGAUGAAGACUUUAUUGAUUUUCUUUAAAAAUGUUUUACUUGGGAUGCUGAAUCAAGACUUAAACCUCAAGAUGCUUUAAAUCAUCCUUGGAUUUUAUCCAUAACUCCAAAAGAAAAUAGUUCCAAAUUGAAUAAUAAAUUCUUUAAUGAUACAGACUCUAAUAGUGCUUUUAAAAAAUCAAAAACAUAAACAAAUACAAUAUUAAAGGAAUUUGAAAAAAAACUAAGUAAGGAUAACAUUUUUCUAAAAUUAUAACAAACUCGAACUUUAAUAGCUAAUAACACUUUUGAAAAUAAGCCAGGUAUUUUCAUAUAAAUAAGUAUUGUUUAGUGCUGAGCAACAGGUAUGUUAAUGAUAAACCAACUUCAUCAGAUAGAAUAAGAUCGAAUAUAGCCCAUUCUAUACAUUAAAUAUUAUCAUGUAGAUAACAUAAUGCAAGUAACACUUAGUUUAUAAGAAAACCUUCUUUAGGAUGAU